CUCAUUAUCUGAGUCCCGUUGUAGCUAUAGGUGAAGCUGCCUCUCUCAGCCAUACUGAAGCAGGUGUCCAACAUGGCGAACACUGGCAGCGGCUCUCUCGCGACUAUUCUCUUUUUAUUCGUGUUUCAAGCGGCUCUUCUCAAAGGAGCUGCACAGGAACCAGUGGUGAGUCAGAACCUGGUGACGGACAAUGUGUCCGUGGUGGAGGGAGACAUGGCGAUCAUCAGCUGUCGGGUGAAGAACAACGAUGACUCCGUUAUCCAGCUGCUCAACCCCAACAGACAGACGAUUUACUUCAGAGACAUGAGGCCUCUGAAAGACGCUCGCUUUCAGCUGGUGAACUUCUCAGACAACGAGCUGCGGGUGUCGCUGUCUAAUGUCUCGCUGUCAGACGAGGGUCGAUAUGUUUGCCAGCUGUACACAGACCCCCCGCAGGAAGCCUACGCUGACAUCACUGUGUUAAUUCCUCCAGGCAACCCCAUCAUCGAAGGCCCGGACGAGGUCCUGAGCGAGGGCAACAUGACGGAGAUGACCUGCACCGCCAUGAGCAGCAAGCCCCCCGCCACCAUCAAAUGGCUGAAGGGAGAUAAAGAGAUUCCAGGCAAGCCCAAAGUUGAGCUGACCUACGACAAGAUGUACACAGUAACCAGCAAGCUGACGUUCACCGUUAACAAGGAGGACGAUGGCGUACCCGUGGUUUGCAUUGUAGACCACCCUGCAGUCAAGGACUUCCAAGCACAGAAGUACCUGGAGGUGCAAUACAAACCGGAGGUUAGGAUUGUGGUAGAAUUUCCCCAGGGUUUGACCAGGGAAGGAGAGAACCUGGAAUUGACGUGUCAAGCCAAAGGCAAACCCCAGCCACAGCGGGUGAACUGGAUGAAGGUGGACGACGAUGUGCCGUCCCACGCCGUCAUAACGGGCAGCGACCUCUACAUCGAAAACCUCAACAAGUCCUACAACGGCACCUACCGUUGCGUGGCAUCCAACGCAGUGGGGGAGUCUUACGACGACUACAUCCUCUAUGUCUAUGAUGCUCCCACCACCACCCCUAAACCCACCACAGCCACCACCACCACCACCACUAUCAUCACCACCAUCAUCUCCAACCGCGAAGCAAAUGAAGACACUGCGCCCAGCACUGAACCUGCAGCUCAUGAUUCUCGAGCUGGAGAAGGGGCGCCCAGAACGGUGGACCAUGCAGUUAUCGGAGGGGUGGUGGCCGUGGUCGUGUUCGCCAUGCUCUGUCUACUCAUCGUCCUGGGGCGCUACUUUGCAAGACACAAAGGUACCUACUUCACACACGAAGCCAAAGGAGCAGACGACGCGGCGGACGCAGACACAGCCAUCAUCAACGCGGAGGGUGGCCACACCAACUCGGACGAAAAGAAAGAGUACUACAUCUAAUCUAAACAGGACCCCUCACUCCGGUGUCCCCUUUGGGACGCUGAGCUGUUUUUUGGGGGGAGGGGGAGGGGGAACGUGGGGAGUUGGGGGCUGAUGGAGGGGUUUGAGUCGGGGUUUUUCCGGCUCUCUCUUGGCGAGAGUAGAGGGGUCGGCGGAGAGCGGCGGCGUUUUAGGAAGGCCUGGUUUUAAGCCGUUGUUUAGUCUAGUCUGCAGAUGUAGAUGGAAUGUUUCGUGUGUUUAAAAGAAAAAAAAAUCCAAAAAAGAAAAAGGAAAAAAAAAAUCUAAAUCCAAAAAAAAAAAAAAAAAAAAAAAAAAAACGGACGGACAAAAAAUGUUGGGGGUUUUCGGUAAAUGAGAGACGGGGGAGGGUUGUGUUGGGGGGGGGGGUUGGGAGGGAGGGAGGGAGGGUGCGCCAGACGUUGCCAGAAAUCACUGUAGAGAGCUUCACCAUUUGACACCUCCCUAACUGCUGGUACGAAUUUUAUUCAGUUCAACCAUUUGCAGAAAAUUCUGUGCCUUGUUCCAAAUUUUUUUUUCUGUUCUUUCCAUAUUUUUUUGUGCAUUUGUGUUGAUCCUCAUUUUGCAUCGCCCUGUCGCUUUAACCUCCCUCUCCCCCCCCCUUUUUUUUUUCUCCAUGCCCGCUUCAUCUUUGUAAUUAUCAGUGUGCUGUUGGCUUUCGUACGGGGGUAGAAUUACACGGCCACUUUAUUCAUUUCUCUAAAUGUGUCCACACAGCCUCACCCGCAUCAACAAAAAAAAAAAACUCUUUCCAGUAAACUGUGAUUUUUGUCUCAAGCCAUGACUUCCCCUCUGACGUUUUGACAGCUCCAAAAAAUACAAAAAAAUGCAUGGUACGCUUUACAUAUCAUUGUACAAAGGACAUAAAUAAGAUACAGAUACAGGUUUGUUGAACUGGACCCCAACACCACAAAAAACACAUAUAUAUCACAAAGAUGGCAGCAAAGGGUCACAUGAACCGAUCUUCCUGUUUUAUCACCUCAGUUUGUUCUUCGCAGAAAAACACUUAGAAGAGUAGAACUUUGAUUUCUUCCUCUGUUCAGUAUUAUUUGUCCUCUCCGUGGCCCGCGUGGAAGACUUGUUCUCCCACCGGCUUUUAUCGAGUUUUAAAGAUGAGUUUCAAUCAGUUUCCAUCUGCUCUCGAACCACAUUUUUUUCUUGCAAGCUGGGAAAUUGAAAUUGUUUUUAAAAGAAUAUUUGGCUCAGUCAAAUCAAUAUCCCUCGGUAAAAUAAAUUAAGAACAAAUACGUAAAUAUUAACAUUGGUUGAUCAGCAGCAAAAAAAAAUGUGCUGGAGAAGAGACGCAGCUUCCGAGUAGUGGUUCAUUGUACACUAAUCCUUCCUAAGAAAUUAUUUUUACAACGUACUAGAAUUGCAGUGGAGUACAUUGGUGUGUUUUAUUGUAUCGCGCUCAGUGUGAGUUAUGUCAAACCGUAAAACAAGCAAAUGUUUGAGAAAGUCUUUCAACUGAAAUGCUCUGACAGGCCAGUCUUUCCACUUCCAUCACACCAUCUUAAUUUGUUUGCUGUGAGGUGGCUUUUGCUUUUAACAGAUUUUAUUUUAUUUCUUUAUCAUUUUUUUUUUUUUUUUUUUGCUCGUACAUGUGAGCUAAACCCCAUUCUCUUCGCUUCUCUGUGUUGCUUUUUACGCAUCGCCUGCCAAAACUGAACCAGAGUCUGUUUUGCUGUGCCAGCUGGGGAGCACCGAGGAUGCCAGAAGUAAUUAAUUGUUCGUAACGCAACUUAAUGCACAUGUUGUGCUCCGUGUUGUUAAUCCACGGUUUGCAUUAAUGCCCCGGCUUCUAAACAUGGCUGCGAGGGUGUGCCGGUGGCAUCGUUUGUCAUUGUUAUGUGUUCACACAGCAAGCAGCACGCUUAAUGAGUCCUUUCUCUAUGUGACAGCUGUGGGUGGAUUUAGGUGGAGGUCGAGGCUGCGGUGUACACCUUCAAAGCGCGAUAUUUUUUCCACGAUAUAUUGAAUUUUCAACACUUUAUACACACAAAUGAUAACUUGCUAUCAACAGCAGUGGCAGCAAACGAUAGGCAUUCCUUUGGUCUUAUCUGGGUCCAAGGUUUAGAUAUUUCCUUACAACGCAGCAUCAAAUACUCCAAUGUUUUCCUGUUUAGUUUCUUUUUAAGUUUCAGAUUAUACAUCAUUUUUAUGUUUAUAAAAACUUUCUUAUCAAAAUAUGUGUUUCUGAGUCGUAGGAAUUCAGCUAAUAAAAUAUAUGCCUUUGAGAAAGUACAUUUUUGACAACCUUACGGAACUUGUGUAGCAUAAAGAUUCUCACUGCAAAUGCAGAGAAAAACUACUAGAAGUGUACAAAUCAUAGAAGGUAAAGGAAAACUUUCAAGGUUCUUUUUUUCAAGAUUGUGACUCCCUGGUGCCAGAUUUAUUGGAAAUAUAUCUACACCUCCUAGGUUUAGCCUAGUCAACACUAACCUAUAUGUUACUGAUGUUUGUUGUUUUUGCUGUUUCACUACAAAUGUUACGUACACGUUGCGACAGUGGCGUAAAUCUUUUCAUUUGAUUGCACAUUUCCACUAUUUCCUCGCAGUGCAGUCUUUUUCCAGUGUAAUGUGGUUUACAUUUUACUCUAUUUCCUCAAAUAUAAACCAGUAGUCAAUUAUAAGCCUGGUCUUCGGUAAUUGUCAGGGGGCAUGGUGAACUGCAAAAUAAUGAAGGAUGGCCACUAAAUAUGUUACUGGACAAAAACAAGGGUGGUUAAACCCAUGGUUAAAUGUCCAGUUGAGGAGAAUUGCUACUACUUUAUUAUAUAAAUUCAUCUAAAGCGUUAUGGUCCUAUUUCCUGCUUGCUGCUGCAAUUUGAAGCUAUUACUAGAAGUGUUCUGUGGGCAUUAAGAGCUUAAUACAGUAAAUUUAAUUCAGAUCAAAAAAGGCUUCAUACAAAUUACAUAAAACCGAACGCUAUCCGAUCAAAACGUGAAUGGACUCUUUGCUGAUCGUGUUGCUUGCCGUGCGUACACCAACAUCUAUGAUCCGAUACUUUACUGCCGUGUUGAAGCAUUUGAUUGGAUUAAGUCAAUGUGCAACACAGACUGCAACACAUUACCAACGUGAUAGCUUUAAUAUAUCAUAGUCAUACAUGAAGACGGGGUUCAGUCUGUCCACAUUCAGAUUUGGGAGUUCAUGGUUGUCCAGAGGCAUUAGACUUUUGCACCGCAUUGCGCAAAUUUCACCCGUGCAUUUUAUUUUGCUUGCGAUUUUGAAACACAUCCAGUGGAGUGGGUAGAGCUGUGGAUAUAUUUUUAGCUUUUUAAUUGGAUGUGGCAGUUGUAGUUGGAAGUUACAGAAGGGACGUUGCAGACAAAGGUCAAAAGAUGCCGGGUCCAACUCUCUCCGUCUGCGUCUUCUGUAACACUUGAGUUAAUUUAAGACGUUCUGUACUCACAAAGGAAUUACCACUAAGUUAACACUGUAUGCUGAUGACACUGUUUUGUGUUUGUUCAAUGGAUGGGUGGGGACAGGGUAGGGUACAUAUUAGGUUAGAUGUUUCACGGUCUGGUGUCUGAUAAAACUAUUAGCUGACUUGUUAUCGUUGCUUUAUGAAUCACAGAGCAGAUGUCACUUCAUAUGUAAGACUGAGAUUGUGUGAUUUGUAUUCUACAGUGAGCACUUUUUUCGCUUCAGUGACAUGUGGCAGCUUUCAUUUAAAUCUGACUUCAAAUAUGUACUUGCCAAUAAAGGAAUAGAACUGAAUAUUGUCUUCUCCCUGAGGCUGAUACAUCAAUAUUUUAUUCGUGAAUAUGAAACCUUUUGUGGGUUGGAAGUGUUUCCUCCUGUUUUAUGUUCAAUAAAUGUCCCCCCAAAGUUCCCGUAUGAGACAUAACAAGAGCAAAACAGCAUAAGAAAAUAACAUUUGAGCGUAUUUAAUUAUUCCAAAUUUGGAGUACAUACUUGCUUAAACACACAGUAAAGUUUAAACCAUGAGGUAGUUUUCUCCACAUUAAAUUCUUUUGAUAACGCCCCGUCUCAGGUUCAUGCGUUGCUGACCGAUGUGACUGCAUCUCAGGUAGAAUGCAAAGUUUAGGCCCCACCUAUCAACGACAUAGAAGUACAAUGCAUUCAUUAAAUCAACAAUAACCAUUACUUUAGGUCCAAAAGGCAAAAUUGCUGAGAUAUUUUGCAUAUAUGUUGUACAUGUUUUAUGUAUUUUUCUUAAUAUUUGGUGCACUGUAAAAGAUGUGUUAAGUAUUGCUUUGUGUUGACAUAGGUCAUAAAGAGUACACUUUAUUGGAAUGAAGCAAGAUCAGACAACUUGUUGUGGCUGUACUACUGUCACGUUCGAUGCACCGCCGCCUUUUGAAGCUCGUUUGAUUCCCAAAAAGGUUUUGAUUGUUUCACCAGUCAUUGUUUUCAGAUUGAUUCUUUUUGUCUCUCUGCUGUAUUUGGGAAAUGUUAAUGUGUAUUAAUGGAGAAAAAGGAGUUCCACAUUCCCAUACACAUUUUGUAUUGGUUCAUAAAUAGACAUUUUUACAAAACAAUGAAGAGUUCUUGUCUUAAUAAAAGAGAAAAGAUAUUAAUGUCCAAAAUAA